GUCUUCCCUUUGCCCUGGUCGGGGGUGGCGCGGCGCCCUUGGCUGCUGGGAAGGAGGGAGCGAAGGCUUCCUCGCGGGGGACGAUGGUGGAGGCUUGGUUCCUGGACGAAUCCCGGGAGGACCCGCGGAAGCCGCAUCGCCGAGAGCCGAAUCAGCCGGUCAGCCUAGAGCAGCUGAGCCAGCUCGGCGUCUUCUACUGGAAAUUGGAUGCUGACAGCUAUGAGACUGACCCAGAAUUAGCAAAAAUUCGUAAGGAGAAGAACUACUCUUGGAUGGAUAUAAUAACGAUAAAUAAAGAUAUGCUGCCAAAUUAUGAAAAGAAGAUAAAAAUAUUUUAUGAAGAGCACUUACACCUGGAUGAUGAGAUUCGCUACAUCCUGGAAGGAAGUGGAUAUUUUGAUGUUCGUGAUAAAGAUGAUAAAUGGAUCCGGAUUGCCAUGGAAAAGGGCGACAUGAUCACACUUCCUGCUGGCAUCUAUCAUCGAUUCACACUGGAUGAAUCUAAUUAUGUCAAGGCAAUGAGACUGUUCGUUGGAGAACCAGUGUGGACUGCUUAUAACAGACCAGCUGACCACUUUCCUGCUCGAGCACGGUACCAACAGUUUUUGUCACAAAUGGCACAAUAAACCCAUGAGAUGACAGGAAGCAUGGAACAUCCUGCAACAUCUGUAACUUUAAAAUGGCAAAGUGGCUUUGUUAACAGCAUCUGCAAUUGAUAAAUCUUUGAUUUCCCCUUUCUCAAAUAUCAAUCAUUAAUAUCAAAUUUUGUCCCUAGAUGAAUGGAUUUUCACUUAAUAAUAGUGAUUUCUGUAGUUUGCAGAUCUCAAUUCAGAAUAUUGAUCCUUUCUUGCUCCUCUUAAAAGCAAUACCUUACUGAUUCAUUCCUGCAUUAACCUAAAUCAUUUUUAUGUUUGGUAGUUGCUGUAGUUUUAAGGUUUGUAAUGAUAAUAAAAUAAUAUUCUGUCUUUUAA